UGUAUUAUAUUCUAAACUUGUUUGGUUAUUAUAUCAUUUAAUGGCUAACAUAACUAAGCAUAAGUGGACGACGUAAGUGAUUUAUGGUCAGAAUCCCUCCAAUCAUCGUGUUGACUAGUCAGCGCCAAUUCACUAACCAACGACGAUUGAUCUGGACUCAAGCUGUAGGCCUACCAGUCAGAUGAAUAACUCAGUGGAGGAGGAGGACUUUGCGGAUAUCAGGGCAUACUUUUCCACAACAAAAUGGAACCGCCUCUGUAUGGCAGAGAAAAAAAGAUUCCUGCAGAUCAAGGAAAACCAUUUGGUUCUGGCGUCUCUUGGCCUGUCCUUUGUGGCUCCAGCAUUCAUGAGGAGAGAGAAGCCCGGCCAGGUGAGAGUCUGCUCACCUGACGAGACAGACUCUGAGGAGGAGCAGCUGCUCUGGACCUCUGGAUUGACCGGUGCUCGAGUGUGGAAGCCACCAACAGUCAGACAGGGGUCUCUACAACAGCCCAGUACGUCAGAUGCAGUGUCUGUACAGAGUCUCUCAGGGCGGGGCUGGAGUGACCAGGAGGUCUCUGGAGGGCCCACUCUUUCUCAUCCAGAGAUCGACCCCCCCGGAGGAGGAGUAGAGAGGGGCUCUGCUGUCCAGGAGGAGGUCUCCUUGGUUCUCCAUGAACAUUUGCAGGGCUCAAGUGUUUAUUCAAGAGAGAUGAACCUGAGAAAUGUUCUCAGAGUUAACUACCAAGAACCGGAAGUACCUAAGGAUGACGACUACUUCUUCUGUGAUGAGUGUAGGACUUUCUUCCUCGAAGAGUGCGAGGUCCACGGUCCUAUCGUCUUCAUGGCUGAUCGCCCCGUUGCUGUCAGAGAGAAAGACAGAGCCAAGAAGACGCUGCCCGCUGGGUUUGAGAUCAGAGAUUCUGGGAUCCCUGGGGCUGGUCUAGGGGUGUUUUACUGUGGAGACGGUGGCCUUCCCAUUGGAACACACUUUGGACCCUACGAAGGACACAGGACCGAUGAAGAGGGAGCCCUGGAGAGUGGAUACUCCUGGGAGAUCUACAAGAGCAGACACAGUGAUUACAUUGAUGCAAAGAGAGAGACACUUUCUAACUGGAUGAGGUACGUCAAUUGUGCUCGUAAUGAAGAGGAACAGAACCUAAUAGCGUUUCAGCACAAAGGAGGGAUUCUGUAUCGCACCUGUGGCUUCGUGACUCCAGGAGCAGAGCUCUUGGUCUGGUAUGGGGACGAAUACGCCAGACAUCUGGGAAUCGGAUUUGAUCGACUGUGGAACAUCAAGAGCUCUACUAAAGGAGGGAGAUCCCAGCUGACACCAGCACAGGCUUUCCCCUGUCCCGAGUGUCCGUACUCCUACACGUCUCAGAUCUUCCUCCACAAACACAUGAAGAGGAGCCAUGGCGACCUGUACGGCCGACUGCUGAGGAGUGGAGAAAUCAAGGUGGAGCCUAGGCUCCUCCCAUACGUCGCAGCCUCCUAUCAAGAACCGAUCGGAGCCUCCCCGGGAACAGUCCAAAGCACGAGCCAGAUUCCAGCAGAAGGAGCCGGACAACACAGAUGUGAGAAGUGCAGUAAAACCUUUAGUCGCUCUGAUAGUCUGAAGGUUCACCAGCGCAUCCACACGGGAGAGAACCCAUACCACUGUCAACAGUGUGGGAAAACAUUUAGUACAUCUGGUCGUCUGAAGGAACACCAACGCAUCCACACAGGAGAGAAACCAUACCACUGUCAACAGUGUGGGAAAACAUUUAGUAGAUCUGGUCAUCUAAAGGUACACCAACGCAUCCACACAGGAGAGAACCCAUACCACUGUCAACAGUGUGGGAAAACAUUUAGUCAAUCUGGUCAUCUAAAGGUACACCAACGCAUCCACACAGGAGAGAACCCAUACCACUGUCAACAGUGUGGGAAAACAUUUAGUCAGUCUGGUCCUCUAAAGGUACACCAACGCAUCCACACAGGAGAGAAACCAUACCACUGUAAACAGUGUGGGAAAACAUUUAGUACAUCUGGUAGUCUCAAGCGUCACCAACAACUUCACAGAGGAGUCUCCACCCAAACAACCAUGUGAAGAAACUAAAUGGUUCCCAGACAUCUGUUAUUCAAAUCUAAUCAAACAUGGUUCUUGCUGUUAUAUGUUAGAAGGGCACAUGAACGGUUAAUUGUUUAUCUUAUCAACUUUAUGUAUUUAUUUAUAUUCAUGUCUGUAUGAGUGAAGGUUUUUACCCCAAAAAUGUUCAGAAAAAAAAUAGUUUGAGAGAUAAUGUUGUUAUCUGAAUUAUUUAAUUUCAUUCGUCAUCAGUAAGGUAUCGUAGAUCUGACGUCAUUGUUAUAUUUAUUACAUUUGUAUGUAUUUAUUUAUUUAUCCUGUAGAAAUUCAAAUAAAAUCAGAU